GAAACGAGCCAGUCGGCUGCCAACCUGCCUAGAGGGUUGUUGGUUGUUUGUUUCAACAGGAAAAAAAGAAAACGAAAACAUUAGUAUUUCUUUUUCCUUCUCCACCGAUAUUAUUCCAACCCGGGAAAGGCUCACGCACAACGAUCGUGUCAAGGACAGCAACACCAGUACCAGUGUCUCUCUCUUUCUGAAAUCAAACUUUUUUCCCUAUUGUGGUCUCCAUGGUGAUGUUUCCGUCCAUCCAACGAUUCAACGGGCAUUUGUGCUGUGGGAGAAAGAAAAGCAGUAGUCGCUGGGUUGUUUGGACGAUUGUUUGCUAACUAAAGUGUCGGUUGGUUGCGCCGAUUCCUUUGGAGAGCCAAAGGAGAGUUAGAAAGUGACCUUUUUAUUUUACACUCGAAAAUUCAUGGAAAGUGAAAACGACCAAAAAAUACAAGAAACAAAAAAGAACUGAGCGGCGCUUUCUAGUGUAAAUUCGAAAGAGAAAAGAUAUCUCGACUUUUUAGCCAUUCUAGUGAAAACCAGCUCUGACCGUGUCUCUCUCUCUCUCUUUUUCGUUUUUCUCGGUCGUCAAGUGCAAUUCCCUUUCGAAGGGAAAGACCGUAGAGUUUGUUGGGCAGCAGCAGCAGCUACACAAGUGUAUGUGUGUUUGUGGUAUCUUCUUCCCUGCCCAGCGAGAGAGAGAGAUAUACUUUACUAAAUAUCCGAUAACUUUUUUUUCUUUUUGGGUGAAGACAACCGUCUUUUGUGUAUAUGUGCCGUUGUGUAAUCAUUUCCGCUGUGGGAACAAACAAUGGAGACGAGUAGGUAUCGCAGUAAUCGCUCGGGCGGAAUCCUCGGCCAACAACAGAGCGCAAGCGCCAGUAGCACCGCUAGUAGCAACAAUUCCGCCAGUUCUUCGUCUGGGGUGUCCAUAACCUGGACAAGGAGUUGCCAGGCAACGUGCAGCAAGCAGCCUUGUUUAAGCUGCGCGGGCAAUCCUUUGUUGACGCCCAGCAGUCAAAGUGGUGGUGGUGGUCCAGCCGCAGCAGCAGCCGCAGUCGCAGCCGCUGCAUCCGCAGCUGAAACGGAGCAUCGUAUUUACUUGCGCAGUCACCGGCAGCGACGCAAUCAACAGCUGCUGCAAAUCCAACAACAACAGCAGCAGGUCGCCAAUUUAACCCUGCGUCCAUGGACGCGGUCCCGUGCGCAGCAGGUGCUGCACCACUAUCAGCUUGAGCAACUUCACCCGUCUCACACCGGUGUCGUCUACUUGACUAAUCCGAGCGAGCGGGCCGCCAGCAAAACAGGAAUACCCUUGGUUCAGCAACUACCGCCACCGCCGUUACCACAACAACAGCAGCAACAACAACAGCAGCAGCAGCAACAACAGAACGUCAGAUUGGCCUUGGCCGCUGUCACCAGAGCCUCAUCAUUGCCCACGGGUGUGGACCGGCGUCGCGUGACGCGUGGGAUGACAAUGGGUCAGAAGGUGUCUGGCGGAGUUAAAGGUCUCAGCGGUCGGGAAGGCAGUCACUCGUCGCUGGGCGGAGCCAAACCAUCCAAUUCUCGGCAUGAAAUGCCACACGAUUUUACUAAACCUUCGCGGCUGGAAGCUCUGCUCGACAUGCCGCCCACUUCCAGGGAAGUGGAAUUGAAGCAUGCGUGGAACGCGGACGACCGGUCGCUCAACAUCUUUGUCAAAGAGGAGGAUCCGUUGACGUUUCAUCGGCAUCCAGUGGCUCAGAGUACGGACUGCAUCCGCGGCCGCGUCGGUUUCACGCGCGGUCUCCACGUCUGGGAGCUCAAUUGGUCGACACGCCAGCGCGGCACUCACGCCGUCGUCGGUGUCGCCACCCUCACCGCCCCUCUCCACUCGGUUGGCUACCAGAGUCUGGUGGGCAGCAACGACCAAUCGUGGGGCUGGGAUCUUGGCCGCAACAAACUCUACCACGACUCGAAAAACCAAGCCGGCACCACUUACCCGGCCAUCCUCAAGUCGGACGAGAAUUUCACCGUCCCAGAUUCGUUUUACGGUGAGAGAAUUUCGAUGGCAGUACGCGACCGAGAUUUUGUUGUGUGUGCGUGUGUGUGUGUGUUUGUUUGCGAUAACCAUCAACCACUUUCUCUUUUUUUUUUCUUUUUCUCCUUGCGAAAAAUAGUCGUUUUGGACAUGGACGAGGGAACGCUAGCCUUUGUCGUCGAUGGACAGUACUUGGGCGUGGCCUUCCGAGGUCUCAAAGGCAAGAAACUUUAUCCCAUCGUCAGCGCCGUCUGGGGGCAUUGUGAAAUUACCAUGAAAUACAUAGGAGGACUCGAUCCUGAACCAUUGACGUUGACAGACCUGUGCAGGCGAGUGGUUCGACAAACGGUGGGCAAACAGCGACUCGAGAGGCUGGACGAGCUCAACUUACCGCCGGCUCUCAAGAGUUACUUACUCUAUCAACACCGGCGAUGAUCCGUACCGCAUCGCAGAUGAAGUUGUCCAUCAAUCAACUCUCUAGAAAACAAAAAUACCAGAAGAAGAAAAAAACAAACAAAAAAAAAGGCGAUUUUUUAAGGAAAAGGAGGGCCCAUGAAAACGGUUUACAAAGAACAAUUUUUCUCUUUUUAUAAAGGAGCUCUUUUGAAGUUUGAGCUCGACGAUUUCCAAUCUCACUUGACACGUCAGUGGAAUACAGAUCCUGAGAAGAAGGAAUUCCCCCUCCCUUUUUAACCAAAAUACUGUUUUUUUAGAAAUUUUUAAAAAUGAAACAAAAAAUGACCAUCAUCUGAUCACACACCCGACCCCCGUGGAUAUAAAAGUGUUGUCUGCCUCCUUUAAUUUUUUCAUUUUUUUUUUAAAUCAUCUGUCGGUUCCGUUUUUUAUUUUUCAUUUUUUCCGACCUCCUCCUUUACACUUCCGCCAGACUCUUUUUUAUGUGUAAAACGUUGGAAUGAUUUUUGUUUUGUAUGUGUCGUGUGUGGGAGAGGGGAGGGUAAUUAGGAACCCGGGAGCUCAAAAUUGAAACAACAAGAAGAAGGAAAAUAUUUCACUCCUUUAUGUUAAAAGAAAAUCAUCUUUUUUUCGGUUCGGGAAAAAAAACUUAUUUUUCUUUUUAUGUAAUUUUUCCCUCCCCCAACACAUUUUUGUUUUAUGUGUGUGUCUGUGUGGAUGUUUGCGAGACCAAAAGAAUUCUUUUGUUUUAUCUUUGUUUUCUUGUUCCGACACGGAUCCCAUUUAGACGCUCCCCUCAUUGAAAAAAAGAUUGACAACGUUGUCAGGCGUGUGUGUGUGUUAUGCGGCAUGCCAAAUUUGUGUAAUUCGGAAUCUAAUGCUGCUCGCAAGAAAAGAAGGAAAAAGAAAAAAGAAGCAUUUUUUUAUUGUAUGCAUGUGUGCCUGUAUGUGUGCUGUAUUGUACGUCUUUCCCAAUUUUUAUUUUACAAAAAUCGACCGUGUGAAUCUGUC